UUAGUAGUUACUCACUUGUUAUUGAAUUUUUUGAGGAGUGCAGUGCUUACGAUGCUCGUCGAAAAAUGUGUUUAAAUGCUCAUUUAUUACAUCAAAAAGACAGGAGAAGACGAAAAUGAAGUAUCUGACUGACCAAAUGUAAUUAUUGAGGAUGGGAGUCAGUACUCCAUUUUAUGAAAUCAGAAGAAACUCCAUGAAGCUUCAGAUGAUGCACAACAACCGGUCCCGGGACAUUCCCGUAACUCUGGACGCGGGUCCCGGCCUGGACCGAACACGAUGCGAGUUGGAGAAUUAUCGAUUGUGUGCAGAUGGCAGCUGUAUAUCCCAAGUGGAUCUUUGUCCUGAGGAGCAGCUGAUGAACCAGAACACCAUUCUGAUAAUGAUUGUGGUGGGGCUGGCUGUAGUCAUCUUCCUUAUUGUUCUCUACUGCUUCCAACAAAGAAACAGAAGUCCCUCUCAUGUUAGAGGCCGAUCAGUUCGCAGCAGUGGAACAAACGACGAGGCUGACCGAGUGUCGUUAUUUUUACCUCCUCCCACGUACGAUGAAGUUAUCACAACAAACUUAUACCCACCUACACCUCAAAUACUACAGAGAAGGGACAGGAUAGCUUCCUCGGAGGAACCAAUGACACCUCCCCCAAAUUAUGACACAGCCCUAAUCCUCCUAUCCCGGAGUCAUGAAUCUGUGUUGUCACCAAAAUAUGAGGGAGUACCCAAGAGACCCGCAGUCAGUAAUGGUCACAGGAGAAGUUUAUCCGUGGACCAGUUAAGUCCAAAUUCAGGAGACACUAGUGUUCAGAUAUUUCAGUAUGAUGAGAUUGCAGAACCUAAUCCUGAUAAAACAAAUCUUAACACUAUAUCUGAGGUCAGGUGACAGACAUGCCAUCAUUAUAGAACUUCUCAACUUACUAAUUAAAAAAGGGAUUGUGCUCUAAUUCCAAGAGUUCUGAAGGCCUUUACUGAUGAAGUGCAAUGUGGUUAGGUCAUGAGGUACAAACAGGAGUUAUGAGCCCUUAAAUCGGAUUUGAAAGACAAAAGGAUACAUGUGAUGCCAAUUAGAAUGGUGAUGAGUAUACUGUUAUACUGCUUUACGUUAUACAAAUAUACAUAUAAAUUGAUGCUUACCACUAAGUGUAUACAUUUGAGCAUAUUCUGUUAGCUCAACAGUUAAAUUUCAUAGAAAAGAUAUUAAAUUCAGAAAAACAGUUGAAAAGAUAUUUCAAGCUCAAUGUUAUGCACAAUUUAAAAGAAUAUUGAGGACUCAUUGUUCUGUAUUUAGAAUGAUGCUUUGCUCAUUUUUGUUCACAAUGAUAUUCAUUGAAGACUGUGAUUUAUUGAUUUGCUCUCCAAAAUCCACAUCUUCAGAAAGCUUUACUCUCUGCUUUUAUAACACGGCCUUUUACUUUGCCUUGUGCUUGUUAUGCUAUUUUGCUUAAAUUAUUUUUCAUACAAUGUUUGAAUGUUUUUGUUUUUUUGAUGUUUUUUUUUUAUGUUUGGGUUUCAACAAAGCUUUGUUAGAUUUUUAAACAAAUUUCAAAUUUAACUACCGGUAUAAUGCAUAACUUAUAUGUUUUAUGUGAUGUGUACUAAAUUCUGCAGUUUGGCGAGUUAUGCAGCUAUGUAACAGAAAAAUACAAUAUUAUAAAAUGCUAAAUUUAACAGCUUUUUUAAGGGUGUAUCUUAGGGCUAGGUAUUGGUCAGAGAUUUUGUAUUGUGAUAUUUUAAACUAUAUUGCGAUAGGUAUUGCAAUGUUUUCAGUGUUACUAAAAUGGCAUUUUCUACUUAUAUUAACUUCAAUUUUCAUAUAGAAUGCACAUGACUAUGAUAAGUAUACACCUAUACAAUAGCACUAGUCUAUCUGCAAAAAAUUUCCAAUUUUGGGAUUUUCCACACCCUAUCUUAAAGCUACAUAUCUGGUAAACAUUCCAUGCAUAAAAAAAAACAAGUAAGUACUUAGUGACUGUUUUUUUUUUGUUUAUUUUUUUUACACUUAUUUUGCAUGUUAUUUGUUUUCACAACGUUGUACCUAAAUUGGCACAUUCUAAACAGUUAAAAUUAACUGACAAUCAUUUGGAUUGGAUGAUGAUUUUUUGGUGCUAAUAUUAGAUUUAUUGAUGCUGUAGCAACAAGUUAGAUCUCAUAUGAAAAAAAAAAAUUUAUGCAGGACUUGCCAAUACAACAUGUACAUGUUUAUAAACUUUCUUUUGUGGUGGUAGAAAUUGAUAUACCAAUUGUCAUAAUCCCAGGGGCAUUAAAACAAGAUUAGAAAGUUUUAAAGAAAUAACAGUUAAUGUUAUUAAAUAAGACGAUGGAACAUUUUGUUACAGUCAAAUCUUGUUAUCUCAAUAUUGGUAUUCUAGGUAAAAAAAAAUGAAAGCAAUUUUUAAUUGAUAUACCGGUAUAUAAUUUAUCUGUCAAGUCAAUAUAGGUUAUUUGUAUUGAAUAGAAGGGCCAUUGAUUUAAAGUCCUUCUAUAAGUAAUUAUAUUGCCACGCUGUAGUGUUUUUCAAUUAUAAUUGCCCUACCACACUAAUGAUUUAGCUCUGUUUCAAAAAAGCGAAUGAAAGGAUGAAAAGGAAAAAAAAUGAAACCAGGGGGAAAAAUCUCCUAUAUUUUGAAUUGAAAGACAUUGAUAUAUGUGUACAUCAUUGUGUUGUGGAAAAUGUCAGUGUUAUUUUAAUGUUUGUGGGAAGUGCUUUUUAAUAGUAUGAUUUCAUAUCCUUAAUAUGUCCUAAAAGAAAAAAGGUGAUCUGUCUCUUUUUGUAUUAUUUCAUAUUUAAAAUUAAGUCCAAUAUUAUUUUCACAGCUAGUUUAUUCAGUCUAUCUUACCUUUUAAAAUCUUAAAAGACUAAAGAAAAAUUAUCUUUAUAUUCUAUGAAAUGUGCUAUUAUGAAGUAUAUUUAAUAAAUGAGUUUGUUUAAAAUUGAUUUUGGAGUAAAUGUGUAAGCAGAGGGUAUUCUUUAUCAUGAAGUAAAUUAAAUUUUGAUUUGAACAAUUUCAUGUUUUUUGAAUGUAAAACUCAGCUUGAAUUGUGAUCUGUUUUGCGGAAUAUAUAUUUUUUUAUAGUGUGAAAGAUAAAAAUAUUUAUUUAUGAUAUGUUUUACUCAACCCUUAAUCUGUAUUAACAGUUACUAAAAUAUAUUUUGCUUGAUAAAUGUAAUUUAUUUAUGUUUCAUACUAAAGUUUAGUUUAGUAAUUAAUUUAUUUUUCAAAAAUAGGUAGAGCAGAAAUAUACUGCUUUAUUUAUCAUAAUGUUUUGCUAUGUGCCAAAUAAUUCCACCUUUUUUAAUAGGAAAUGCUCAAAAUGUAUCAAAUACAGUAGUUAAUUGUACUUAUGUUGACAUUCAAUUUUCUUUAUAUUGUUCACAUUUUGUUCCAAUUACUUGUCAGAAAUUUUGUUUACUACCGGUAAUUUAUUUUAUUAAUUGAUUAUGGAUAAGGAUAUAUCCAGAGAAAUCUGUCUUAGAACAUAAUGAAAAUGUCUUCAGUGCAAUUUAGAUAGUCAUGAAUAUAUUUCUUUAAAUAUUUGUCGACAGUUGCCAUUUUAAUGACAUGCAAUAUAUGAGUCACUAACUGUAGAUUGACUUUAUGCAUAAUAUCAAUUUUUAUAGUAGUCAUUUUGAUUUGAAGAUGCUUGCUUUUGUGCUUUAUUUCUUUUUUUUAUUUGCUGUAUUGUAAAUGUAAAAUUAUAAGUUUCCUUUGUCAUUUGUAGUUUAAAAUUCAUUUUUCUGAUGCAAGUUUGAAGGUUGUUCAUGUCUUUUUGGAACAAUUUUUAAGGUUCUAUGAUAAGGAGAGACAACUCUCAUUAGAUUAGAUAACUAGCAUUCCUGUAUUUUUGUAUGUCAAAAGACAAUUUCUAUUGCAUCCUGCCCUGCAAAGUAUGCUAAAGUAUGUUUAUUUUUAGUAUUAUUUAUAUACUUCUUUUAGGAAUUUAGCAUGAAAGUGAAAAAAUAUACAGUGUAAGACCAAACUGAUUUGAGUUAUGGUCUUUUAAAUUUUUUAAAAGUCAUGGUCCAUUACAGGGAUUUUAUAGAAAACAUACACUCUUUGUGUUCACCGGAUAUCAAAGGGUCUAAAAAUUAAGGCUUCUGUAAGUACUUGUAACAAUAAGUUUGAGGUACAGGGUUGCUAAAAUAUAUUGUCUUUCAAUUAUUUUCAUUUAUAUUAGUAUAUAGUUGGGAUUGAGUUUAUUAGUAAAGGACAGAAGUGGAAUUGAUAAAUAGCUGGAGUGAGGGACCUCUUGUUCUUGUCAAAUGCUUUAUACUACCUUCAUUCAAAUGCAAUUAACUGUGGCAAAUUAUGUGGGGAUGAAAAAAGUACAGAAGUUUGAAGUUUACAAAUAAAUUCUCAAUAUUUUGAAAGUAAAGAAACUUAAAAACUGAAGCAUUGCAACAGAAUUAGGUUAAAAAAUACUAAGAAAAGCUUUAAAAGUGCACUACAGAAUGUGCUUGUAUUUAAUAUAAAUUAAUACAAGUACUAUAGUAUAAACCGCAUUAAAGUUGUUCAAAUUGAAAUUUUUCUGAAUUACCAGAAAGAUGGCAUAGCAUACAAAUGAAUUGUUCAUGCAUACUUGUGAUAUAUAUAUUAAAUAUUUUUUAUUUACA